GUUGACGUUAAGAUAAUUACAUACUUCUAAUAUUUAUAUAAAAGAAACAUUAUGAGCGGGGACACGCUGUAUGAAAGACCACAGAGAAGGAAUGUUCCCGAAAUACGAGCACACGACUAUUUAUACGAUUCAACGUUCAUUGUAUCCGGCGCAAGGGACUACGCGAGGACCGCUUUCAAAGGCGCAAUGGCAUCGGCUCAAGUUAUCAUUCAGCCGGUUUACAGAACUAUGUUCUCGAACAUCAAGAAAUAUCCACGAAUGCGCUUGUCUGUUGAUACCAGGCCACGUCAAGUUUUGGCUGUGCCGAGUACGACUCCCGACUUCCAACCCCAGACGCCGGAGUGCGCACCCUCGCUCCCUCACAAGCCGAGGAGCAGAGGAACUCAAAGCCUUUACAGGUAUCAAUGA